AGAUUUUUUUAUUAGUUCAAUGGCAACAUUAUGAGCAACCUUAGGAUGCAACAUGUAUUAAAGAUGCAGAUUUGAUUAAUUCUUGAAUGGUGGCACAGGAAAAAUGGCCAUUCUUUAUUGUAAAUAUAUGCUAAUCUUGCUUACAAACCACAAACUGAAGAUUUCUAUAAACUAUGUGGCAAAAUGUCAAAAUUUAAAUCUACGUUUAUGUUUUGUCUGCCACCUCAGAUACUGGCCUUACUAAAAUAGCAAAGACCUGUUUCUGUCAAUAAUAGGUAUAAAAAUUGGAGUUGUUUGUUUCCAGUUAUUUCUAAAUUUAUUAAAAUACUCUAUUUGUGUUGAUUGAUUUCAAAGUUGUAUMAAGGACAUUAGUGGACAUUUUGUAGUUUGUUAAAAGGCCACUUUUGGACRACGAGACACAUUUUACCCACGUGAUCAAAUAGUGCCCUGCCUCCAAAUUGUUUGUGAUAUUAUUGCUUUAUAUUCAGUAUACACAUUGCACACUCUCUUUUGCAAGGUUUACAAAGAAAAACACCAUUAUGUGAAUGCUAACUGAAAAUCAUUGUCUGGUUUACUUUUUUAAGACUUAUUAUUUUUAUUAUUUAUUUAUUUUUCAGUUAAAUAUUUUAUUUCUGACCCUGGGAAACAGGUUUUCAACCAGAGUGUCCACUUCCUGUUGCUUGUUCGCGUUACUUUCUCAAGUCUAUCUACCGCUAGCUAUUUAUUUGUUUCCCUGCUCUUCAACAAGUCUUUCUGCAGAAGCCUGCCAAUCAUGCAUUCAUUUAAAACAGGUGUGCCAAAGCAGAGAAACAACUAAGACAUGCAGGAUCAUUGAGAACCACAAACUUCAAAAACCACUUGUUAGCUACUAUAUUAACUUACAGAAAAUAUAUGUAAAUAAAUAAAUCCAAAACAUAUUUUGUAGUAAAGGUGAACAGCCUCCAGUCAAUGCUCUUUCUUUCAACUGGAAAAGAGGCAACUUAUGAUACAUUUGGUGAGGAGGGUCUGAAAGCUGGCUUCUUGGCUGAGUUUCGUCAGAGUGGAGCUUUGACCUCAAAAUAUGCCUAUCAUGGGGAUCCAGACGAAACGUUCAGGUUGUUCAUUGAGGGUGACAACCCAUUUGUAGACAUUUCUACACCAGAAUUGCCACUUCAUCUCAAACACGAGGUGGUGAAGACACAAGACGCUCCGAUAGAAAAGUAUCUUCAUUUGUCCCUGGAUGCUCUCUUCUACGGAUGCCUGAAAAAGAUCAAGAUACCUCGCAGGGUGAUGAAUGAAGAUGGACACACAUACAGCAUGAAGGACAAGAUCCUGUCUCUACAAGUGCAGCCUGGAUGGAGAGAGGGCACAAGAAUCAUUUUCUCCAAAGAGGGAGAUCAAGGACCAAACCGCAUCCCUGCAGAUAUUGUGUUCAUAGUCCGACAGGAGAGUCAUCCGAUGUUCACGAGACGAGGCAACYACCUGAUCUACAAAACUAAGGUCUCUCUGGAGAAGGCACUAACCUGCUUCUCUGUGAAAGUCCCGACACU